AUGCCCGUCUCAGAAAAACGUGGAGACGAUUUGUAUAAUCAUGAUAUGUUUGUCCCUUUAACCCUUCCUGAAAAGACUGACCAACCCACAGUUCGUAAAUAUACUUUAAAAUUAUCCCAAACUCAAUGGACCCCUGAUGGUCAUAGUCGCCCUGUUUACCUUGUCAAUAAUCAAUAUCCUGGGCCUAUCCUUCAAGCUUAUAAAGGUGAUACCUUCUCUAUAACUGUUGAAAAUGACCUUCCUGUUGAAACUAGUAUGCAUUGGCAUGGAAUGUUUCAAAGAGGAACUUCUUGGUUCGAUGGUGUACCUGGGGCUUCUCAAUGCACCAUUCCCCCGCAGUCCUCCUUCACUUAUGAAUUCAGUACAGAUGGACAAGUUGGAACUUAUUGGUGGUGA